AUGGUAGCAAACGAAGCAAGACAACAGCAAGAGACAACAGCAAGAGACAACAGCAAGAGACAACAGCAAGAGACAACAGCAAGAGACAACAGCAAGAGACAACAGCAAGAGACAACAGCAAGACACAACAGCAAGACACAACAGCAAGACACUACAGCAAGACACUACAGCAAGACACAACAGCAAGACACAACAGCAAGACACAACAGCAAGAGACAACAGCAAGACACAACAGCAAGAGACAACAGCAAGACACAACAGCAAGACACAACAGCAAGACACAACAGCAAGACAAAAGCAAGAGACAACAGCAAGAGACAACAGCAAGAGACAACAGCAAGAGACAACAGCAAGACACAACAGCAAGACACUACAGCAAGACACUACAGCAAGACACAAAAGCAAGAGACAACAGCAAGACAAAAGCAAGACACAAAAGCAAGAGACAACAGCAAGACAAAAGCAAGACACAACAGCAAGACAACAGCAAGAGACAACAGCAAGAGACAACAGCAAGACACAACAGCAAGACACAACAGCAAGACACAAAAGCAAGAGACAACAGCAAGACAAAAGCAAGACACAAAAGCAAGAGACAACAGCAAGACACCAACAGCAAGACACAACAGCAAGACACAACAGCAAGACACAACAGCAAGACACAACAGCAAGACAACAACAGCAAGAGACAACAGCAAGACACAACAGCAAGACACAACAGCAAGACACUACAGCAAGACACAACAGCAAGACAAAAGCAAGACAACAACAGCAAGUAAACAGCAAGACAACAACAGCAAGACAACAACAACAAGACAAAAGCAAGACACAAAAGCAAGACACAAAAGCAAGACACAAAAGCAAGAGACAACAGCAAGACACAACAGCAAGACACAACGGCAAGACACAACAGCAAGACACAACAGCAAGACACAACAGCAAGACACAACAGCAAGACACAACAGCAAGACACAACAGCAAGACACAACAGCAAGACACAACAGCAAGACACAACAGCAAGACACCAACAGCAAGACACAACAGCAAGACAAAACAGCAAGACACUACAGCAAGACACCAACAGCAAGAUACCAACAGCAAGACAACAGCAGCAAGACACAACAGCAAGACACAACAGCAAGAGACAACAGCAAGACACAACAGCAAGACAACAGCAAGACAACAACAGCAAGAAAACAGAAAGACAACAACAGCAAGAGACAACAGCAAGACACAACAGCAAGAGACAACAGCAAGAGACAACAGCAAGACACUACAGCAAGACACUACAGCAAGACACCAACAACAAGAGACAACAGCAAGACACAACAGCAAGACAACAGCAAGACAACAACAGCAAGAAAACAGCAAGACAACAACAGCAAGAAAACAGCAAGACAACAACAGCAAGACAACAACAACAAGACACACCAGCAAAACAAAAGCAAGACACAAAAGCAAGACACAAAAGCAAGAGACAACAGCAAGACACAAAAGCAAGAGACAACAGCAAGAGACAACAGCAAGAGACAACAGCAAGAGACAACAGCAAGAGACAACAGCAAGAGACAACAGCAAGAGACAACAGCAAGAGACAAUAGCAAGAGACAACAGCAAGAGAGACAGCAAGAGACAACAGCAAGAGACAACAGCAAGAGACAACAGCAAGAGACAACAGCAAGACACAACAGCAAGACACUACAGCAAGACACUACAGCAAGACACUACAGCAAGACACUACAGCAAGACACAACAGCAAGACACAACAGCAGGACACCAACAGCAAGACACAACAGCAGGACACCAACAGCAAGACACUACAGCAAGACACUACAGCAAGACACUACAGCAAGACACUACAGCAAGACACUACAGCAAGACACUACAGCAAGACACUACAGCAAGACACAACAGCAGGACACCAACAGCAAGACACCAACAGCAAGACACCAACAGCAAGACACCAACAGCAAGACACUACAGCAAGACACUACAGCAAGACACAACAGCAGGACACCAACAGCAAGACACCAACAGCAAGACACCAACAGCAAGACACAACAGCAAGACAACAGCAAGACACAACAGCAAGACACAACAGCAAUACACAACAGCAAGACACUACAGCAAGACACCAACAGCAAGACACCAACAGCAAGACACCAACAGCAAGACAACAGCAAGACAACAGCAAGACACAACAGCAAGACACAACAGCAAGAGACAACAGCAAGACACAACAGCAAAACAACAGCAAGACACAACAGCAAGACACUACAGCAAGACACAACAGCAAGACACAACAGCAAGACACAACAGCAAGACAACAGCAAGACACAACAGCAAGACACAACAGCAAGACACAACAGCAAGACACAAUAUGCGUCCUCCUUAGCCUUUUUCUUUCAGUCGGGGACGAAGUGCACCGUAGAUUUACACCCGAAGCAGAAAACUUUGGAUAGCUGUUACUUCCGCGCUAAAGUGUCUUCCAGCUUCUCAUAA